UGAACAUUUCAGCACUAUCAAAAUCGAAAAAUACCUUCCUGUGUUAAUUCCAAAUAGACUGAGAAUGUGUUGCAGUCAAUUUUUUGUGCUGUCCUCUUCAUUACUGACCUCUAGCCCAUGCUCAGACUGCAGAUUAUUCGUCUCCAAUUCCAUCUAUAAAAGCAUAAAUAGAUAUCUUCUUAUAGCAUACCAAGCAUGGCUAACAUGGAAAUUUCAUCUCAACACCGUCUUCUCCUGUCCUUUUAUCUAUUUUCUCUGUUUGUUUACCCUGAAGCUGUAAAAGUAACUUACAAUUCCAAUAAUUUCAGUGCCGGUUGCAUUGAGAUUGAGAUCAAAGCACUUCUUGAAUUCAAACAGGGCCUUGAAGAUCCAUCUGGUCGGCUUUCUUCGUGGGUUGGUGAAAACUGCUGUCAAUGGGAUGGUGUAGGCUGCAGCAGACAAAAAGGCAACGUCAUUCAGAUUGAUCUCAGGAACUCAUAUAAUCUUACCUAUCCUGAGUAUGUUAUGUUUGGAAGUGAGGCAGAAGCCUAUGAACGGUCAAGUUUGAGCGGUAAAAUUAGUCCUUCUUUGCUCAACUUGAAAUAUUUGAGUUACUUGGAUCUUAGCAAAAACAACUUUCAAGGAAUUCAGAUUCCCAGUUUCUUUGGUUCACUUAGGGAGUUGAAAUACCUUAAUCUUUCUCAUGCAUCUUUUGCUGGAAUGAUUCCCCCUCAUCUUGGAAACCUCUCAAAUUUGCAAUAUCUUGAUCUCUUUCCUUAUUCAUACACUAAUGUUGAUUCUAAAAGCCUUUGGGUUUCUGAUUUAAACUGGCUCUCUAGACUCAGCUCUCUUAGGUACCUGAAUCUUGGAAAUGCGAACCUUAGCUUGGCAUCAAACAAUUGGCUGCAAGCAAUUAAUAUGCUUCCUUCUUUACUAGAGUUGCAUUUGCCAGGUUGUGAUAUUCGCAACCUCCCCAAGUCUCUUCCAAAUGUAAAUUUCACUUCGCUUCGUGUCCUUGAUCUCAACAACAACUAUUUUACUUCUUCAUUGCCUCCUUGGUUCUUUAACGUUAGCACCCUUGUGGACCUGAACCUUGCAAAUUCUGAAAUCAACGGCACCAUCCUUAAUGAUGCCUGGAGAAAUUUUUGUAACAUGCAAGCUUUAGACCUAUCUUUUAAUGGAUUUAGUGGUGAAUUCUUAGGUAGCUUGUCUAAAUGCAGCAACAUAAGCUUGAAGGUGUUGCGCCUGCGCUAUAAUAGUUUCAGCGGGCAUAUUCCUGAGUCAUUGGGAAACUUUAGGAGUUUGAGAUGUCUGCAACUUAGUGGGAACUCAUUCUUGGGUCCAAUUCCAGCAUCAAUAGAGAAAUUGCCCUUCUUAGAGGAAUUGGAUCUCUCUAGCAAUAAAUUGAGUGGAGCCAUCCCAGAAAGCAUUGGACAGCUCAGUGCUUUAUCUUAUUUAGAUCUUUCUAUGAACUCUUGGGAGGGUACUGUAUCUGAGAUUCAUUUCCUCAAACUUAAACAUUUAAAAUGUUUCUCCUUGUCUUCUGUAAACCAAUCCUUGGCAUUCAGUGUAAGAAAUGAGUGGGUUCCCCCAUUUAGUCUGCAAGUCAUCUUUAUCAAAGAUUGUCGAGUGGGUCCUACGUUUCCUGCAUGGCUUGGCACUCAAAAGGAGUUGGUUAGCAUAACGCUCAUAGGGGUGGGAAUUUCAGGCACAAUACCUGGCUGGUUUUGGAAGCAAAGUCCGAAGAUUAGGUGGUUGGAACUUCAAAACAACCAAUUAAGCGGAAUGCUUCCCAAAUCUUUAAACUUUUCACUAGGUGCAAUCAGAGUGGAUCUAAGUUCUAACCUUUUAAAGGGCACACUCCCACUUUGUUCCAAUGUUCAAUCUGUUUCUUUCAGCAACAAUAAAUUCUCGGGGCUGAUUCCGCAAACCAUUGGCCAAGAAAUGUCAAUGUCUCAAAUCUUGGAGUUGUCAGGGAACUCUCUAAGUGGCAACAUUCCCUCUUCCCUGAAUAAAAUGAAGAAACUGACCACUCUUGAUCUCUCAAGCAAUCAGUUAUCUGGGAAAAUUUACACUCAAUGGAAGGGUUUGGAUGAACUAAAUACUAUAGAUCUUUCUCAGAACAAUCUUUCUGGUGGUAUCCCAAGCUCUAUGUGCUCACUUCCUCAGCUUCAGGUGAUGAAAUUAAGCAGCAACUAUCUUUCAGGAGAGCUGUCUCUGUCUCUGCAAUACUGCACAAAUCUGUCGACGCUUGAUCUGGGAGACAAUAAAUUCACUGGGAAGAUACCAGAUUGGAUUGGCGACAGGCUCCUUUCAAUGUCAAUACUAAAUCUACGAGACAAUAUGUUCAAUGGAAGUAUUCCUGAAGCUCUUUGUGGUCUUCCUGGUCUUCACAUCCUGGAUCUUGCACAUAAUAAUUUAUCAGGGCCUAUCCCUCCCUGUUUGGGCAAUCUAAGUGGCAUCACUUCUUUCAAACCUUACUUUCCAGUGCCAUCCCAUCCCCCCUACUCAGAGGAAAUAAAGUUGAAUGUGAAGGGAAGGCAACUUGAAUAUACCAAGAUACUUUAUCUUGUGAACAUCAUUGAUCUUUCAGGAAAUAAUCUACAAGGAGAAAUCCCAGAUGACAUUGCAUAUCUGACAUACUUGGGUACCUUGAAUGUUUCCCGGAAUCAAUUGACUGGAAACAUACCAGAAAAGAUUGGUAACCUGAAGCUUUUAGAAUCUCUUGACCUCUCAUGCAACCAUCUUUCAGGCCCCCUUCCUCCAAGCAUGCCUUCUAUGACUUCCUUGAACUAUUUGAACUUAUCAUACAACAAUUUAUCAGGACAAAUUCCAUCAAACAACCAAUUCCUCACGUUGGUUGAUCCAUCAAUUUAUGAGGGCAACCCUGGACUUUGUGGCCCUCCAUUGCCAACCAAAUGUUCAAUGCAAAAUGAUGAAGAUGAAGCGCACAAGAAAGAAAAUGACAAAGAGGAAGACGGGACAGAAAGGAUAUUGUUCUACUCAGGCAUGGCUGUGGGGUUCGUAGUGGGGUUUUGGGGCGUCUGUGGUAGUUUGAUGCUGAAGAAGUCGUGGAGAUAUGCUUAUUUCCGGUUUGUGGAUAGACAGAAAGACAGAAUGUGCGUGUCGAUGGAGGUGAAUAUGACUCGUAUACGAAGGAAUACACUGAUCAAUCGAAGAUGAUGAUCGAGAUUAUGGCACUGCAGCAAGUAGGUGAAGAGCAGCAAGCAUAUGGUUAGUUUGCUGACGACGCUGAAGAGAGGAAUGCAAUGCAUGCACUAAAAAAAAUAGCUUGUAUUAACAGCUGCUUUUGAUUUUACGUUGGGUGUGUAUUCGCUUAAUCCGUGUAAUCUGCAUUGGGUGUGUAUUUGCUGCAAUUUUAUAUUCAUUAUGGAAUAAUCAUUAAUAUCUAAAUAAAUAAUAAUAAUAAUUUUACUUCACUCUUUAUUUUUCGAAA